AUGGGAGGAAGAGAGUGAGGGAUGAAGAGUGACGGGAUGCUGCUUCGCCUCAGCUGCUCUCCUCUUCCUCUCUGCUCCAUCCUCCCGGCGAUGCGCCGCGAGUUAUGACUGCAGGCCGGUGUGGACUGUUGGAGCAGCAGCAGCAGCAGCAACAGCACUUCUGGAUCUCUAUGUAAUGUCAUGUAACGCGUCAGAUGCUGCAAAGUGACGGAUGAGCGCACAGACUGUAUCUGUGUAGCAGUGCAGUGUAACUGAGUGGAUCUGGACAUCACUCUCUCUCUCUCUCUCUCUCUCUCUCUCUCAGAUCCGGAUUCUGCACAAGCUGAUUCCUCUUUAUUUAUUCUUCUUAUUCAUUGAAGCCGACCCGCCUCUCUGCCGCUUCUCCUCAGUCUGUGGAAAUAAACCAAUGCGGGUUUGUUCCAGAGCAGCAUCAGAACCACGUCGUCCUCCUCUCCGUCGCUUUGCUUUGAUCCAGCAGCCUCGGAGCUGCAGAGUAAACAAUGGCGGGUCCAGAGCAGCAGCAGCAUCAGCAGCAGCAGGUGGAGGAGAAGGCAGAGAACAUGGAUGAUGCAGAGAUGGCCCUGCAGGGUAUUAACAUGCUGCUCAACAACGGAUUCAAGGAGAGCGACGAGCUUUUCCGGAGAUACAGGACUCAGAGCCCGCUGAUGAGCUUCGGGGCCAGUUUUGUCAGUUUCCUGAACGCCAUGAUGACAUUUGAGGAGGAGAAGAUGCAGACGGCCUGUGACGACCUGAGGACGACGGAGAAACUGUGUGAGAGCGACAGCGCCGGAGUGAUAGAGACAAUCAGAAACAAGAUAAAGAAGAGCAUGGACUCCCAGAGGUCGGGCGUCGUUGUCGUGGACCGUCUUCAGAGACAGAUUAUUGUUGCAGACUGUCAGGUGUACCUCGCCGUGCUCUCCUUUGUCAAACAGGAACUUUCUGCAUAUAUCAAAGGAGGCUGGAUUCUGCGUAAGGCCUGGAAAAUGUACAAUAAGUGCCACAGUGACAUCAGCCAGCUGCAGGAGGUCUGUCAGCGACGGUCCUCUGUCAACCAGGACUCCCUCUCAGCCGACAACGCCAACCACAACACACCGGUGGAGAACGGCGUCACGCCCGAGGCCCUGGACCGGCUCAAGGGCUCCGUGAGCUUCGGCUACGGCCUCUUCCAUCUGUGCAUCUCCAUGGUGCCACCACACCUGCUCAAGAUCAUCAACCUGCUGGGUUUCCCCGGCGACCGACUCCAGGGUCUGUCCUCUCUCAUGUAUGCGAGCGAGAGCAAGGACAUGAAGGCACCGCUAGCUACGUUGGCCCUCUUGUGGUACCACACAGUAGUGUUGCCCUUCUUUGCUCUGGACGGCUCUGAUACACACGCAGGUUUACUGGAGGCCAAAGCUAUUCUGCAGAGGAAGUCGGUGGUUUACCCCAACUCAUCACUCUUCAUGUUCUUUAAAGGACGGGUUCAGAGGCUAGAGUGUCACAUCAACAGUGCUCUGGCCUGUUUCCACGACGCUUUAGAGCUCGCAUCAGACCAAAGAGAGAUCCAGCAUGUGUGUCUCUAUGAGAUUGGCUGGUGCAGCAUGAUUGAGAUGAAUUUUGAGGAUGCAUACAGGUCGUUUGAAAGGUUGAAGAAUGAGUCACGUUGGUCACAAUGCUACUACGCCUACUUAACUGGCGUGUGUCAGGGUGCAUCUGGUGACCUGGAGGGAGCGAGUGGAGUGUUUAAAGAUGUGCAGAGGCUGUUCAAGAGAAAAAACAACCAGAUAGAGCAGUUUGCUGUCAGAAGGGCUGAGAGAUUGAGGAAGAUCUCACCCACCAAAGAGCUGUGCAUCCUGGGUGUCAUUGAAGUGCUUUACCUGUGGAAAGCUCUUCCAAACUGCUCCUCAUCUAAGCUGCAGAUCAUGAAUCAGGUGUUACAGAGUUUAGAUGACACUUUGUGCAGAGGAUUAAAACAUCUGCUUCUUGGUGCCAUUCACAAAUGCCAUGGAAACAUGAGGGAUGCUCUCCAGUAUUUCCAGUUGGCUGCUAGAGACGAGUAUGGACGGCAGAUCAACUCGUAUGUUCAACCAUAUGCUGUGUAUGAACUGGGAUGUAUACUCAUUGCACAACCUGAGACGGUAGGAAAGGGAAGGUCUUUGCUACUUCAAGCAAAGGAGGACUUUACAGGCUAUGACUUUGAGAACAGGCUUCAUGUCCGCAUCCAUUCAGCCCUGGCCUCGUUGAAGGAAGUGGUGCCUCAGUGACUCCAGGGAGACGUUCCAUCAGCUCAAGCCAUGCUCGUGGCUUUUUACCACAGGUUCUAAGCCUUUCAACCCAACUGUCUGACGUCCUAGCGAUCAGACGCCUGUGUUUAUCAUUUUUGAAUGGUUUGGAGAAAUAUGCUUGUUUUUCAAGGCUAGUUUACUAGCUUAGCACACAAGACUGGAAAGAGAUAGAAACAACUUGUGUGAUAACUAGGAAAAUAGCAAAGGCAUAUCUUGUUAUACAUCCAUAUACAUGGAUUUAUUACUGUGCAAACCUAACAACCCCAAUAUUGGGACUCAGAGGAAUUGCUCAGUUAAUAUUGCCGUUUCUCGUUAUUUCCUCUCGAUGCUAAGCUAUGCUAAACUAAAUCACCUCCUGAGCUGGACGCACAGAGAUGGAAUUGAUUUGAAUACUUGUCACAGAGCAAGGAAACAAAUAAGUUCAAUAAGUUCCUCAUAUCUGUAGCUGUUUCUUUAAGUGUUUUCUUCACCUACAAGUAACAAUUUCCCUCAAUAUUGUGUGGGAAGAUUUCAGUUAUGGCUCCACUUUUAACAGCACGCAAAAGUAACCAUUUUAUGAACUUACACUGUAGGUACUUUCCUCAAUAGUAACUUUACAAAGAGUAAUAAAAUAUACAGAUAAUAGUGUUUUACUUGAUUCCUUAAAAAACAUGCAUUUUACAUUUUACACAAAUAACACAAUAAUAGUAAUAAAACAGAUUUUAAAAUGCUGUCACAUAUCAUGUUUGGGAAUAUUAGUCAAAUUAAAUAUUUGAAUUUUGUAUGUUCUUUUGAAGAUAAUAAAUUGUUACAUUCAAAGUGCUUCUCACGAAAAAUGUCUAGAUCUGCUGGGUGAAAAAGACACAAUGGGUUUAUUGACAAAAUGACAAUUUAAUACUGCUCACCUGAAAUCUCACACACUGUUGUAUAAGAGGCUGCUGUGAGUCAGUCACACUCAAGUAGUUACAUUACAUGUGCAUUUAUAAUUGAGAAAUCACAACAUUAUGCCCUAAUGAUGUUAUUGACGUGAUUUCUGCACUAUAUGCGUGGAAUGACAGGAUCACAGUGACCUCAAGACGAGUGAAGUCGGCUGUUCCUGUUUGUACAUCAAGGAAUUUUUAUGCAGUACAUUCAGUACUGUGAGUUUACCAAUGAACGGUGCAGCUAAAUGUCAGGCUAAUAAUCAGUAAUUAUUAUUUUGAUAGUGAUACAAGCUCGACAACAAGUCCACAACUGUGACAGGUUUAUUUAAUACAUAGCCGAUGAAGUACAUUUACUAGUAUGAUUUAUUGUAUGCUAUAUACAAAGGUUUAACCAACAAAUCCUGUUAUACUUCAGCAUUAGUGAUCAGGUUGGUGAACUUGAAUUGGAUAAGGAAUAAUUUCUCAACACUGUUUACACUGUACAUAUGGAAUAUUCAGUGCCACAUAUUUUCUUCUGGUCAUCUCAGCAAUACAAGUAAAGAACAUCAUGAUAAAAAAAAAAAAAUUUCAAAGUGAUCAUCUGUGUUUUUCAUCAAGUGGAUGGAUAAGAUGUUUUUUUUUUUUUUUUUGCUCAUGCUAAAGCUGGUCCAUCAGACCCAGUCAUCCCCUGUGCCCGUGGUGGAUGUAAAUUGUGGUAAAUGUAACGGUGACCACUGUGCAAGUGGUUGGUUAAACAGUGAAAUGUCAGUAUGAUGUCACUUGACCCGCUAUACCAAAUACUUCUGUUGCUGGGAGUUUUUUUUCCUUUUGUCAUUCAAUUUUGUUGAAUUUUGAGAUCACGUGUCAAGAUGGUGGUGUCCCAAUGUGUUUGACUGAACUCUACAAUAAACUGUUCUCCAUUAAUGUA